GCCCACCGACCAUACCCAACUCUCCAGCGGGGAAGUUGCCUAAAUAUCUCUUAUUUUGCGACCCUGUCACAUGAUUCGAUACGUUCUUGUUCAAGAAAAUUCAUGAAUAUACAGACUCAGGCAUCACGCCUUUCAACUUCUCUUUCUGCCUCAUUCCAACAAAUCUUUUUCUCAAUCAUCCAGUAGAUUCAAAUAAUCCGUCCGGUACGUACUCAGCAGCACACCCUCGCGGUCGAGCAGGGCGCAGAGAACAUCAACAGGCUCUUAGAGAAGACGGAGGGUAUGCAGCAGGAUAUCGAUACCAUGAAAGAGGUGGUCGAGGGCCACGGUGCCGAGAUCGCCGCGCUCAAAAGCAAGCUUGCUGCGGCCCUUGGCGGUGAGGCAGGAGAUACGCACAAGCACACUCAGAUCAUCCAACCGGGCCAGAUGGAGGAUUCCGGCAAGGGCUUAUGCGACGAGAUUAAAGCUUUGCAGCGCCGCAACAAAGAGAUACAAGCUGAGGUGACUGCUAUGAGAGAGGAGAUGAAUGCCCGCCUCCAGUAUACCGGACAAAAGCGGAGCCGCAGCGAUGAAGACGACGAGGCUGGAGGACACCCUCAGAAGAAGGCAAAGAUAGUCAGAGGAGAGGUGGGUGAGGCUGGAGAUAUGCAGGGAAGCCGCGGCCCCGUGGCAGAGACUGGCGAGACCUGGGUGCCUUCCCGACUCCGGGAAGGCAGAAAGACCACUGCCCACUUCUGAUUUGAGUGUCAGAGCAUGUUAGUAGAGAAACGCGUGGGAUUGUAGAUUGUC